AUGGUGGAGGACACAGAGGAAGAUGAUGUGGAUGAUAAAUCAUCUGCUAAUUCAGAUUUUUCAGAGGAAGAGGAAGAGGAGAGGAAGAGGAAGAGGAAGAGGAAGAGGAAGAUCAUGAUACAGAUGGUAUCAUGCUCUCUCACUUAUUGUUAUUUUUCUGUGUCUGGUAGUGUUCUUGUUUGA